AUGGGUAGCAAGCCGUGGGAACAGGUUGUUCGUGACCAUAAGCUCGAUUUGUCCAGGUACGAGGACUUCUACAAAGAUCUACACCGUAAUCCAGAGUUGUCGCGACAGGAGUACAAGACUGCGGCGAAGAUUACAAAGUUUUUGCAAGUGCUUGAGCCCAAUCUUGAGAUACGCACUGCAAUAGGUGGGACAGGAUUGAUUGCCACCUUCAGAAACGGCCUUGGCAAGACUCUCUUACUUCGCGCUGACAUGGACGCGCUACCCCUGCUUGAGAAGACUGGCCUGGAUUACGCUUCUAAAGAGAUGGCCACAGAUCCUAAUGAGAUAAUGGUUCCUGUUGCACAUGCGUGCGGACACGACUUUCAUGUCACAUGUCUGCUCGGCGCCGCGGAGACGCUUAUCUCUUGUCGUAAAGCGUGGUCUGGUACACUCGUCUUCCUAUUUCAACCGGCAGAGGAAGGCUACGAUGGUGCAAAAGCCAUGGUGGAUGACGGGCUGUACACGCGACAUGAAUGCCCCAUCCCUGAUCUUGUCUUGGGGCAACAUGUUGGACCUCUACGAGCAGGGAUGGUUUCUUUGAAGAAGGGGCCGCUUUUAGCUGCUUCCGAUGUAUGGAAGAUUACAAUACACGGAAGGGGAGGGCACGGCAGCUCACCCCAGAACUGUAUCGAUCCGAUAGUCGUCGCAGCGCACAUUGUGGUCCGGCUACAAACCAUUGUUAGCCGAGAGGUACCUCCAAAUGAGCUUGCUGUCGUAUCGGUGUGUUCGCUUCACGCCGGUAGUGCUCAGAACAUCAUCAGCGACACAGCAGAGCUACUUCUCAACAUUCGAUCCAUGAGCGCUGAGUGGAGGACUCAGAUCUUGGAAAGCGCGGACCGAAUCAUUCGCGCCGAAUGCACUGCAGGUAACUGCCCUAAACCGCCAGACAUUGAGCACACUCAUUCUGUACCAAUGGUCUUGAAUAAAGGCGCUGCAAUUCAGUCAGUUGCAGAUGGCUUUGCUUCUUUCUUUGGUCAGAACUAUGUUCGCGACUUUCCCGCCGUCACUGGGAGCGAGGACUUCAGCAACUUAGCAACCGCGGUCAACGUUCCGUAUUGCUUCUGGUUUUUUGGAGGCCAUGAAAGAUCAUUAUUCGACAAACAUUUUAAAGCGGACACUAUUACAGAGCUUCCCAUUAACCAUAGUCCCUAUUUUGCUCCCGCUAUUCACCCAACUCUCCAGACGGGGAUUGACGCUCUUGUCGUGGCAGUACUAGUGCACCUCUAUAGAUACUAG